AUGUCCAAAGAAUUCCAAGACAAGGUGGUCCUCAUCACAGGAGCUGCUAGCGGUAUCGGUCGUGCGACAGCGCUGAAGCUCGCCUCUCUCGGCGCCUCGCUGUCCCUUUGCGACAUCAAUUCCUCGAAUCUCGAGGCCGUCUCUUCAGAAAGCAGCACGCCCUGCUACGUGCAGCAAGUCGAUGUUGGGAAGAAAGACGAUGUGCAAAGCUUUGUAGACAGCACCGUCAAGCGCUUUGGCCGCCUGGACUACGUAUUCAACUGCGCGGGGGUAAAUCCAACCAGCAUAGCCCUAGAAGACACGACUGAAGAGUACUGGGAUAAAUUGGUCAACACAAACCUCAAAGGAGUAUUCCUCGUCACGAAGGCAUGUCUGCCUCAUCUUCAGCGCGGGUCCGCAAUCGUAAACGUCUCCAGCAUCAGUGGUAUCCGCGGCUCGGCCUUCCAGUCUGUGUACUGCACCACAAAGUUUGGCCUCAUUGGCAUGUCCAAGUCACAUGCUCUCGAGUUUGGCCCCAGAGGCAUCCGAGUGAAUUGCGUGGCCCCGGGGUACAUUGAUACGCCGACGAAUGCGGGGAUUGUCAAGGGAGGGGAGGCAGUGGAGAGGAUGAGAAAUGGAAAUGCAUUAGAGAGGCUAGGGACUCCCGAGGAGGUAGCGGAUGUUGUGGCAUUUCUGUUCGGGGACGGAGCCAGGUAUGUUAAUGGGGCUGUUGUUGAAGUCGACGGGGCUGUCAAGAUGAGUAGCACUACUAGUAAGUAA